UUUGCCCGGCUGGUAAAAGAAAAGGAGAAUCCAACUGAGAUGUUUGCAGACAACGAAGCUCAGCUAAAUCGAAGUAAAAUGUUCACUUUGCAGUUAGCAACGAGAACAAAAGCCGAGAUUUUCACAGAACUGGUUGUGUUUCUGCUAGUAGGUUUAAUCGGCGUCUGCGGGAAUUUUCUUGUACUCCUGGUCAUAAGCCUGACUCCAUCGCUAAGAACUAUCUCUAACUUUUACGUAGCUUCUCUGAGUGCGAUGGAGUUAUUGUUGUCAUUAUCCAUCUGGAUUUUCAUCCCCGAAGUAGUAUUAAAAGGAACGCCGACAUUUGGUGACGCUAUCUGCCAAUUUGUAGGAUUCAUUACUGCCAUGUUAGCCACAGGUUCCAUUUAUUCCAUGGCCUUAAUUGCAAUAAAUCGAUAUUUCCUCAUGGUAAAAUCGAACCUUCAUCGCAAGUACUUUACAAAGAGGAACGCUUACAUAUCGAUCGCUGUGUCAUGGAUCUUGGCUGGAAAUUUUCCUGUGUCUUACCUGCUUCUCGGCAACAAGUUUAAAUUUCAUCCCGGAAAGGGAGUCUGUAUCUUUGAUGUGACGAAGCUGAAUCUGGUGCACGCUUUUUUGACAGGUUUCUUUAACAUUCAGCUUCCAUAUCUUAUCAUUUCUUGUUGUUAUUUCAAGAUUUACCAAAGAGUGAAAGAACACAACGCAUUACUGAGACACUGUGGAGGUGGAAAUGGAAGCGGCAGCGGAAUUUCAGCGAAGGAAAUUAAAGUAACAAAACUUUUGUUUGCUAUCGUACUGAGUUACACGAUUUGCUGGACGCCAGUUUAUGUCAUCGAUUUAGUUGGAGUAUUUCUUGGUCAAUUUUUCGCUCCUCGCCUUGUUUACGUGUUUUAUAGCAUUGUUGUUGGUAGCACUAUCGCCAUCAGCCCGAUAAUAUAUGGCGUUUUCAACAGAGAGCUCAAAGGCGAAAUCGUAAAACUUUUAAAAUGUAAAUGCUGUUGUUUUUGCAAUAAAUUCAAAGUUGGGGUACCUGUGACAACCUCAAAUAGGCGUUCAUGAUCACGUGCCCGGGAUCAGGAGUUGUGGACUGUGGAAGAUUUAUAUCCGCACAAACAGAAACAAAUUUAGAUGGUUAGCUCUGACAAAUAGCCUAAAAUUAUAUGAUACUGAUUCUCAGUACAAUCACAGAAAGAUUACAAACGAACAUAAAAACCGCAUCAGAUCUAACAAAGGCUUAUUGAAAUUUCUUUGACAAAAGGCUCAGCCCUCUAAAUUUUUAUUUCCCCUCAUGAGUUUAAGUAAAAUGUAAUGAAUAAAUUAUGAUAGUUGGUGCUGGUGUUAUGCUAAUUACUGCCAAUUACUCAUGCUGAAACUAUAUUUGUAAAGCUGUUUUAUGAUGUGUGUGUGUAUAUAUAUAUUUAUAUAUAUAUAUAUAUAUGUAUAUAUAUAGAUAUAUACUGCAUCUCUGUAAUUUAACUUAUAGAUAUUUCAAUCAAUGGUGGCUCACUAAAUGAUAUUAUCUCUCAGAGACAUAGAAAUAAAGAUUGCCUUGAGUAAAAAGGAUUUCUUCCCCAAAUGUCUUUAAUGCGUUUCCAAACGGAAACCUGAAACCAAGAUUUCCCUUCCAGUCAUUUCAUUCCGUUUAUUGAUUUAAUUUUUUCUUUUUAUCAACUGUCAUUUUAAUUUGAAUGACAAACAGGGCAGCUGAAGUAACAUACAAAAAGGCAUGCGAAUCGAUUAAAUUAAAAAUUUUUUGGGGCUCGAGAUGUCGUGUAGCAAAGCUGUUCUUCGGCGAGAUAUUAAACUUGAAAUUGUUAAAAGUUAUUGGAAAUCAUAGAACUAAGGAAGAAAAGCUAUUUUCAACAAUAUUUGCAAUGUUUUCUUUGAUCAAAGAUGUCACAAACAGAAGAGAUCCGAUGUGAAAAGUACCAAUUAAAGUACUUGAACUGCUUCGCCAUGUUUUGA